CCGCCGGAGUUUACCAGGCGCCGCUUCCACUUCACAUCUUGGCCAGCAAAGGAGCAGCUAGGGUUUCCUUUAUUGGGCCUUGUCUCCAAUUUCGGUCCAUUAGCCUAUGAAAGGCCCAAGUCCAUAAGCUCUUAUCAGGCUUCUAAUGCUAAUAAGCCCAGGUCUAGUUCUAUAAUUUCCUUGUUAAAUCUACAACAAUUUUUGUGUCGAUCUUCUUAUCUCUGUGGCCGAAGACUCCAUGAGAGUGAAGGAUUACCCUCAUUGUUAAGGUUUAACUUCUAUCAAUUUCAAAUCCUGGUUUUAGUUUCUCUUAUGGUUUUGUGGUAUGUUUACAAAAGCCUGAAGUUUAACACAACCCUCUCCAACACCUCCACUGCCCCAAUAAAUCCCAAUUCCCACCCAUCGCCUCAAGGAUUGAAGCUCGGAUCUGUUCUCAUUUUUCACUGUCAAACCGGCUACACGCUUUGUGUGGAAUUCCUUAACCUCCAUGGCUACGUGCUUCAUGUGAGGGAGGACCCACCUGCUCUGUUACGGUUUUGCAUCAAUCUUGUAAGUGUCCCGGUUAUAGCUUCAUCUAGAGUCUUGAGUUAUGUUUCUAUGAGUUUGAUGGCCUUUGAUCCAUUGCUCCUAAACCUUCUCAUGCUGGCGAGAAACCCAAUUUGUGUCUCCUCCGUGGAACACUCUUUCAAAAGCUCGGAUGCAUUUGUUGCAAGAGCCGUCUAUGACCAUUUUUUGGUCGAGGAUUUCGCGAAGCACGUCUUCAAGGUCGAAUCCGCUAUGGUCCCAAAUGAUUUUUCAAAGAUUGUAAGCUUCUCAAAGUUGAUCAUCCUUUUGGAAAACUCAUGGAACCUUUAUCUUUAUUUUCAUUGUAUUUUCUUUGAUUCAAGCUGUUUGAACUUCCCUCUUUUGAGGUUUUAGAUGAAUGAAAGUUCUUGUUUGACCAAAAAAAAAAAAAAUUCAAAAUGUCGAAU